UGUGCACGGCUCCUCAUAGUGUUAGUAAAAUGCGGUGCCCGCUUCACAGAACCCUUCAAUCCUGUCGAACGUAAUAUCAUUCAUGCUAGUGAUUGCACAUGGCACAUCGACAGACCAGUCAAUGAAACCACAAGACUCAUCUUCAGUGUUCUUAAUUUGAACCAAUCCUCAGACUGUUCCCAAGAGAACAUUACGGUGUACAAUGAGAAGUCGGAGGUCCUGGGGGUGCUUUGCCCGGAUUCUCCUAGAAUCUCAGUCUUUGAGUCCCAAGGAAGCCUAUCUGUGCAUAUCUUCACCGACUUCUCCCCUUACAACGAAAGACUAGUGUAUCUCUUGUAUUAUUCUUUUGCUCCUGGUAGCGAGCCUGCUCAAUGUGGAGGAAAUCUUGAAGCCUUUUCUGGAACCAUCACCAGCCCCAAUUAUCCUGGAAGACAUCCUGAUUUCACAUUUUGUGUCUGGCACUUUGACGUUCCAAAAAACACCAAAAUACAGCUGACAUUUACUGAAAUCUUUAUAGAAAUGGACCCGUUAUGCAGAUUUGACUUCAUCGCUUUGUAUGACGGACCCUCCACUAACUCUCCAAUACUGGAUAUCUUGUGCGGUCGCACUACUGCUCAGGUGGAGACCUCAUCCAAUUCUUUGACACUUAUGCUGAGCACAGACUAUAUCAACUCUUAUUUUGGGUUAUCUGCUGACUAUAUUGUAUUGCCCCAGUCAAAUACAAGCUCUUUGACAUGUUCAGGGGAUGGAAUGACAGUAAUUAUUAACCCAUCGUUUCUGUCCUUUCUAAACUAUCAUGGUAAAGAUUUAACAUUAACCAAUACAACUUGUGGGCCUGUGUCCACCAAUCCUGUUGUAUUUUAUGUUCCAUAUGUGGGUUGUGGAACCGUUAAAAAGGUGAUGGAUCAUACCAUAUCAUACACCAACACCAUCAGUGGAUUAUUAGCAGGAGAAAGAGUGAUCACUGGACAAAAUAAUUUGCAGAUCAUUGUGACCUGUGAAUUUGACAGUAAUUCUGCAGUAGAAGUCAUGUACAUGAUACAGAAUGACAUUGUUCAAGAACAGAAAGAUUCUAGCCAGUAUGAUAUCAGCCUUGAUUUUUAUCAGUCUGAAGAUUUCUCCUCUCAAGUGGUAGAAACACCCUACUUCAUCGAGCUCAAUAAGAAACUUUAUUUGCAGGCUACACUGAGAAGCCCAGAUCCCCAGCUCACUGUGUUCACAGAAACCUGCUUUGCCUCUCCUAAUUCUAAUUUCGAAGAACCAACUUAUGAUCUCAUCAGACAUGGAUGUUCAAAGGAUGACACAUAUCACAAUUUUCCCUCUGGUAGUGGAUUUGCACGGUUUAGUAUCAGUGCCUUCAGGUUCUUACAUUCUCACCCAUCUGUAUACCUCCAAUGCCGUUUAGUGAUCUGUGAUACAGACGACUCAGAAUCUCGCUGUAAACAGGGCUGUAUGAAUCGCCAGCGCAAAGAUCUCAGUUCACACAAGUGGAAAGCAAAUGCUGUUGUGGGACCUAUCCGACUGAAACAUGAAACUGAACAUUCCGAUUCUCUAAGUGAGAAAAGAGAAGAAACAUCCAAUGUACCACAGAACAACCUAUACUUGCUGGGAAUCAUGGUACUGAUUGUCAAUGCCCUCAUACUGACAUUAGUGGUACUGAGAUAUCAACAGAAGCAACCAGUAGGGUACAGAUAUCAGCAGCUAGCAACAGAAUAGACAAGAGAAUGGGAACAUGGAACUCUGGAUUUUCAAUCGUUUAUGAAGCCCAGAAUAUGCUUUAAAAUAAAAGCAGGAAAUAAGUGCA